UAUUUGCCUCUCCUCAUGUUAGUUACAAAUUCCUUUUCUUUUCUCAUUUAUAUUAAGGUAGUGGAAUAACCAAAGAAGAAGAAAAGAUAGAAAAGCAAGAGAGAGACACACAACACAAACAUAGAGGAUGAUAAACACAUCCUCUGUUUUCAUUCCAAAUUCCCAUUGAAAAACUUUUUUUUUGUUUUUUUUUUGCACAUGCCCAUCAUUUUUUCAUCAUCUAAAUCUUCUUAUGAUAUUUUGGUUCGAGUUUUGAUUGAUGCUGGGAAGAUCCGAUGCUCUUAGAUCGAAUUUGACAAAACCCACUUCGUGUUUGAUCGAAGCAAUAACUGGGUUGUGUCUGAAUUUUCAGAUAAGAUGGAAUCGGAUCUUGGCAAGCUCUUCAUUGGAGGAAUAUCUUGGGACACAGAUGAGGAACGUCUCAGGGAGUAUUUUGCGACAUAUGGGGAGGUGAUUGAGGCUGUGAUCAUGCGAGAUCGUGCAACGGGGCGUGCUCGUGGUUUUGGUUUUGUUGUCUUUGCCGAUCCUGCUGUUGCUGAGAGAGUCAUUGUCGAUAAGCACAUAAUCGAUGGCCGCACUGUUGAAGCAAAGAAAGCUGUUCCUAGGGAUGAUCAGAACAAUAUAAACAGACAGACUGGUAGUGUACAAGGAUCGCCUGGUCCUGGUCGUACAAAGAAGAUUUUUGUUGGAGGCUUACCGUCAACAAUCACCGAAAGUGAUUUCAAGAUGUAUUUUGAUCAAUUUGGUACAAUUACCGAUGUUGUUGUUAUGUAUGAUCACAAUACACAAAGGCCAAGAGGCUUUGGCUUCAUCACAUUUGAUUCAGAGGAAGCUGUGGAUAGAGUUCUUUACAAAACAUUUCACGAACUUAAUGGAAAGAUGGUUGAAGUCAAAAGGGCCGUACCGAAAGAACUUUCCCCUGGUCCUGCCCGAAGCCCGUUGAUAGGAGGAUAUAACUAUAGUUUGAAUAGUAGGGCAAGUAGUUACCUAAACAAUUAUGGUCAAGGUUAUAGUAUGAGUCCAAUAGGAGGAUAUGGAGUCAGAAUGGAUAGUAGGUUUAGUCCGCUUACUGGUGGUAGAACCGGUUUUACCCCUUUCGGCAAUACCGGUUAUGGAAUGGGGAUGAAUUUGGAUUCUGGAUUGAGCCCAAACUUUGGAGGGAACUCUAAUUUUGGGAACAAUUUGGGGUACGGUCGAAUAUUUAGUCCUUUCUAUAGUGGCAACUCAAGCAGAUAUGCUACUCCGAUAGGCUAUAAUGGAGGUAAUGGAAGAGGCGAUUCUCUUAUGAACUCGACUUCUAGGAAUGUCUGGGGUAAUGGGGGACUGAGCAGUGCUAAUAACCCGGUUAGCCCCGGUGCGUUCUUGGGAUCUGGAAGCGGGGCAUUCGGUGUUUCAAUUGGAAACAGUGGCACAAACUGGGGUCCAUCCAUUCCAGCUCAGGGCGGAGGGGCUGCUUCCGGCUAUGCUACUGGCAAUAAUGUUUACGAAGGCGGAGAUAACAGCUUUGGAUUAGGUGCUGCCGGGUAUGGAAGAAACAGCAAUGCAGUUGUGAAUCCGUCCUCUACAUUUAAUGCAUCGGCUGGCGGUUAUGAUGGAUCGUAUGGAGACUUAUACCGCAGUGGCAGCGGUUCGGUUUACAAUGACAAUGCUUGGAGAUCUGCCGCUUCUGAGAUAGACGGUUCUGGCUCGUUCAGUUAUGGUCUUGGUAGUAUUGCAUCCGACGAUCCUGUGAAGACUUCUGAGGGUUAUAUCGGAGGCUACAAUGUUGCAAGUAGACAACCUAAUAGAGGAAUCGCUGCUUAGGAGAAAUGUAAUUUGGAUAUGUAAUGGUAGCAGUAGAUCAAAGGAAACUGGUUACAAGUAAAUGAGGUAUUGUGAAAUCAUACAUCUCCAUCACUUCGAGAGAGAUAUAUAAGCUCACAAAGAAAUUUGUCAUAUAAUAGCUAACGGUGUUCUUUCAUUCGAAGUAUACAUAUUCAAAAAAACAAAGCAGUUACAAAGUGAUUUUGUGUAAGGCGUGGUUAUUUUUUCCGGGUCGUUUUAUCAGAGUUUUCAGGAAUUAGGUUCGUUUUCAUGGAAGUUGUUGAUUGAGGUGUAAAAUCAUAUCGCGGGAUAUAUACUAAAGAAGAUUAUUCCAUGAUAGUGUAAUAGUGCUGCAUCUCGGGCGAGACGCAAUGUGUUGCGUCGUUGUUUAGUUUGUUUGUUGAUGAUGAUAGAGUAAUUGUUAAUUUUUGAAGUUGUUGUUUCUUGUAGUCCAAGGUAUUUGUUUGUAACUUUGGUCAAAAUUGUAAGUGAGGUUCAGUUUGAUUUUAUAAUAUCAUCAAGUGUGAAAAACAUGAGUGGGAAUCCUAUAUAAGGUCCCUAUCAAAUAAUCAAGUUUCUGAACACUUUUAUUAA